UACAUGAAGAUGCAUCACACGUCCUGUGCUUGAUGUGCAAUAUCAACACCUGGUAUACAUCAUUAUUCUGUAGCCAACACAACUUACCGCCCGCCAUGAGCAUCUCAGCGAACGUUAUCAUCUUCACGUGUCUCAUCGCGUGCUUCACUUGUGUUCUGGCCUUUGGACAACCAACAGGUGAACGCGGGCGUCGAUCCAUAGCUCCAUUACCACAGCAGCCGGACCCACAGAGUAAAGGAAAUGUGAAUGUUGACAUUCACCGGGAACGCGGAGUGGGGACAGUGGUGAGCGGGCAAGCGGAACGCAACAUUUACCAGAGUCCGAACGGGAACACCCGCGUGGACGUGAACGGCCACUGGUUCCGAGUGUACGACGGUCCAGCGCGCGGACAACGCAACCACGGCGCGGGAAUCAGAUUUUCCCACCGCUGGUAAAACGUGUCCAUUAACGGACGCGUUUAAGCUAUGCCGUUUCUGGUCCGCAAAAUUCUUACUUCAAGAUACACAUGUGGAGGGGAAGAGGAAUGCAGUACAAAAAGCGGAGAAUUGAAGUAGAGAAAAAAUUAACAGAACAGUAGUGGAGGAAAACCGAAGCAGGAUUGACUAGUCUGUUUACGUUCUGACCACCAGCUGCUGGUGUAUCUGAAAGCGACAGUUCCCAGCAGUGCCACCGAAUGGCUAGCAAUUAAAAUGUCAUGCUCAUUACAAGGCGCUUCGAAAACGUUCACUAUGAUCUUUAAUGACACUACCCUAGUUCCGAGGCAAGAAAGCUGAUGUCCGGGCGAAUGUCGGCAUAAUACCUUGAAAAUGACAUACUUUUUUUUAAAAUCCUUUCUUGGUCAUCAUUUAGAAUUGUCCUUAUAUUCCAUCAGACACUAUACAAUUGACUUUAAACGGGCACCGUUAAUCAAUGCAAGAGCAGGUUAAUGCAGUUGUAGCCUGCUAUAAUAUCCACCGUGUUACAGUCUUCCUUGAUUAAAGUCUGUGGUGCGUUCGCCUCUCCAGGCGAAUACCGAAGAAGUACUCAGGAAAAUCCCGGUCGGGUCAGAACGUAAGCCUAUCAGAAGCAGAACGUGAUACACAGUCCGCUUAAUAAAGUUAAGAAACUGCCAACUAUAAACUCCCUUUUAUUUGGUAAUUGUAUUUAAGUGACGAGAUUUUUGAUCAGUCAUUAUUACUGACACAUAAAGAGAUCAAGACAAUCUAAUGCAGUGUUUCUUGAUCUAUCUGCUUCUGCGAAAGCCCUUCCACAGAAUUAUCUUAUAUAUCCUGAUUAAACAGAACACAGACUAACCCAAAUACAGACAGACACUCUUGUUUUUAUAGUGUGUUUUUACUUCAGUGUAAAAGUAAAAAUGCGACAAAAGCUUUAAACUCUCAGUAAUUCAGCAUAGAAAAUAAAGAAUUAGAAUCUAUAUAAAUCAUGGACCCCCUAGAAACGGCAUUCUAACCUCCUAGCGAUAUCGUUAAUUAAAAAGUACUUAUUAAUUAGCUAGUAAGAAAUAAUUGUAAUUUCAUUUUACUGUAAAGUGUGGUACUAUAGAAAUUUAUUAAGUGACUAUUGCCAUCACUAUAGCGGAGAACAUUAAAAUUGAUAUCUAUUUUGCUAAU